CAACCGCCCAGUGGAAGUUCCCUUUGAUAUGCCUCAACGUCUCUCACACAUCUUGAGGACAGAGAUGGCUGCGUCAGACGUUCAUGAGCUUCCAGACACGAAGCUUCGUAAUCCACAGCAAGACUAGGUAACUUUGAACAUCUCAACAAAGCAAACCGUCUACCUCUCGGUCCACACAAACCACAGCAACGACUCUAGACUUUUCAAUUUACAAUAUCACACAUCAUGUCAACACAAGGGCCCUCCUCAACAAGCGGCACUCUCCACCACGUCGCUCCAGUCUCCGCCUUCGAAGUCACCCCCACCACCAGCACACAGUCUCCCAACCUCCUCCUCUGGAUCGGCGGCCUCACCGACACAUACCACAGCGUCGAUUAUGUCUACAAACUCGCCUCAUCUCUCCCUCCUACAUGGUCUCUCGCACAAGCAAACCUCAGCAGCGCCGGCAGCGGUUUCGGCAUCGCAUCCCUCACUCAAGACUGCAAUGAGAUCUCCAGUCUCGUAUCCUACUUCAAGAGCAAUGGAAAGCAAAAGGUGGUGAUCAUGGGCCACAGCACUGGAUGUCAAGAUUGCUUGCAUUACUUUGCUUCUGAGGAUAAAAGAGGAGACCGCGCAAAAGUUGAUGGAGUGAUUUUGCAAGCGCCGGUUAGUGACAGGGAAGCCAUGGUCAAGGAUAUGGACAAGAAGGACUACGAUGGUGCUUGUAAGAUAGCAGAGGAUUGGGUCAAGGAGGCCAAGGGUGAGCAUAUCUUGCCGUUGAACGUUACGGCUGAUAUGUUUGGUCGUAACCCUUUGUCUGCGCGUAGAUGGGUUGCUCUGGCUUGCCAGGGCGGUGAAGAUGAUUACUUCAGCUCUGACUUGCCGGACUCGAGGCUGCAGAGCACUUUUGGUAAGGUGGACAAGCCAUUGCUUAUCCUCUAUGGUGAGGAGGAUGAGUAUGUACCUGAUCAGGUCGACAGAAAGGCGUUGGUGAACAAAUGGAUUCCGUUUGUCAAGGGCAAGGUUGAUGAGCAGAGCAAGGAGUUACUGGGUGGUGCUAGUCACAACUUGAACGGUGACGAUGAAGAGGUUGCCGAUGAGCUUAUCAAGAGGGUUGGUAAAUUCUUGACCGCCAUCUAGGAAGGUUGGAUAGAACACAUGAUAGACAUGAUAGUCGAGAACGAGGCAGGCCGUCUCGACAUGAUAGCCUGAAUCAUCAAGUAGUAACAGGAAGUUGACAAUUGAAUUGGUCAAAGAACAAGAUACUAUUGAGACCAAAUCCGAG